AUGAGCUCCCGAACAUUUUCCCGGCCUUGGGCGGUUCCGGCCUCGCUCACCAAGGUACACACACACUCCCAUGCGUUCUUGAAACAAGAUGACCCCAUACUCGGAACAGAACAUCGAAUAACUGAGCAAAUUUCCCCUAUCCAGCAACAUGUAGCGCGCAGUCACGGACCGGCUUUGCGACGCCCGGCGCAACCUCGACCAAUUAAUGCGGCCUCGCAGCAGGUGGCCGAGUCAUCAAACACCAGUGACAAUGGAGAUCGACUGGGCCGUCGAGCCAAGGAAAAGAUGCUGGACAAGGAGUUCUUCCUUAGCUUGCUAAGCUCAGCGUCAACCAAACGUGAAGCAAAGUCGUACCUGUCGCGGUUGAAGGCCACCGCUGCGAAGGAAGAUGCACUCUCAAAUCGAACAACGACCUCGAUAUCUCACACGCACGGGCCGAAAUCUACGCAGGAUCCUUCCUCAUCGUCCGAAGUCAAUUCCGGAUCGUUUUAUGAUGCGCCCAGAGCGGUACACGACACACCAGUCUUUCGGCAGGAGAAGACUCCCGUUUCUCGAGAACAAGGGGCAUCUGGACAGCUGAAUCUAGCUCUGAUCAAGCUGAGUACCCCGCAAGAACUGGACAAUGAGACGGUGGACGGUGUGGCAAAGACCCUUUCACAAUUGGUGCGUCUUGGAAUGGCUUGCUGUGUUGUGGUUGAUCCGGGCUGGAACAAGGAUGAAAAUGCACAAAUGCGAUCGGUUGCAAGUGAGCAAGCCACACGACUUGCCAACGCCGUGGAUGCACAGCCGGACUCUAAAUCUUUCUGCCUCGAUUCAAUUCUUUCCCUCUCCGAAACGGAUCCGGGCUUGAUGACCGUUACUUCGCGACAGAGACUUUUACGGCCUCUGCGGGACGGACAUGUGGUGGUCAUUACACCAAUUGCGUACAGUGACGAGACUCCGCGGGCCAUCCCAGUGUCUGCGAAUGAGGCAAUCUUGACUCUCACUAGGGAGUUCGCGGGCCUGUCAAUGACUUCUUCCCCGGACGAAGACCCGACUGUCACUGCAGAAAAAGUGAAUGCACUCCAGCGAGAAGUCUCUGUGGACCGGGUCAUCUUACUGCAUCCGUCUGGAGGCAUUCCCGCUUUCCGCGGCCCGCAGGAAUCACAUGUUUUUAUCAACAUGGAGCAAGAAUUCGAAGACAUUGCGACAGAGUUGUCUGCCGCGCAACGCAUGUUUGCCGGGGCAGCCCGUGGCCCAGUUCAUCCGGAAACAAAGUCUGCACUUGAAUUUUCGGGUGAGGAGUCGAUCUCCAAGCUUCACCACUCGCCUCACACCGUAGGUCAGGUGCUGGACGGACAUCUUGACAAUCUCCGGCUAUCACAGCAAACACUGGCAAUGCUCCCUUCCACUUCUUCCGGGAUUAUUACCUCUCCCUAUGAAGUUGCCAAGUCCGCUCGUCCUCGAGAGGUCAAUUCCAAUUUAUCCGCAGUUGGCACACGACGCCAGCGCAACCCCCUCAUUCACAAUCUUUUGACAGACAAGCCGCUCCUGUCGUCAUCUCUUCCUCCUGGUCGCCGCAAGACGAUCAACCACGCCAGCACUGUCAGCGCUCCUUCCUCUCAUUCCACAUUCGUCAAGCGUGGCAUGCCCUUGACUAUGCUUCCGAACCCUUACGUGCAAAUGUGGACGGCUCACAGUCAGCCCCGCUUGAAGCUCGAUGACCCCUCCAUUGAUCUGCCACGACUGGUGCAUCUGAUUGAAGACUCGUUCGGACGUAAGCUCGACGUCCGGGAUUAUCUCGAGCGAGUCAAUGAUCGACUUGCCGGCCUGAUUAUUGCCGGUGAGUACGAGGGGGGUGCAAUUUUGACGUGGGAAGCACCCCCGGGGGUGGUGGAUGAUGGUAGCGAAGCCAGUGCGGCACGGAUGGUCCCUUACCUGGACAAGUUCGCAGUACUCAAGCGCAGCCAGGGUGCGGGAGGCGUCGCCGACGUGGUUUUUAAUGCGAUGGUACGCACUUGUUUCCCGAACGGAGUCUGCUGGCGAAGUCGCAAAGACAAUCCCGUGAACAAGUGGUACUUUGAACGAUCCAUUGGGACGUGGAAGCUGUCCGAUAGCAACUGGACCAUGUUUUGGACCACACCUGGGUUGGUGGACAAUCCUCAACGGUUCCGAGAUUAUGAAAAUGUCUGCAGAAAUAUUCAACCUAGCUGGGCGGAUCACAGCAACGUUGUUGACUGA